CAACACUGUCAACUAUCAACGGCCGUGAUUGAGAGCGUCCUGCGAAUACAAACAAUUGUCUCCUUAUCCUUUCAUGAAAAGUUUGGAGUUGUUGUCAAACUUGGACCUUAUAAACCAGCACUGGAUUUACAUUUGAAGAAAAGGAAGUUAUAUUUAUGCCAGCGUAAAGUGGAAAACUUAGCAGAUCUUCACAAGGAAAUACUAAACGUCACAAGGAAUCGCAAGAAUAUCUCUAUGAACUUGUCUCAAACGUCAACAUGUGCUUUGUAUCUUUAUAAACUUAAGCAUGCAACCUCCUGUUGCAUUUAGUAAGCAGAACAUGCGUCUUUCGCUUAGUGAAAGCAUUCAGUGUUACUAAAAUCCGGGAUUUGUGUUUGUCCUCUCGCCUAGUAAAGUUCUGCAGCUGGGUUUGACUCGGAACUGAGUCUCAUCUCAGUUUAAACACGUUUCAUCAGCGACCCACAAGAGCUGGUCGACAUCAGUCAUGAAUGUGCCAUGGUGUUCUGGAGUUUGCGCUAUGAUGAGACUUCUGGCGCUGUUUAUACACGUUAUGUCAACGACAGCAAAGAGACACGUUGUAUAUUGGAACUCUACAAAUACACGGUUAACAGGAGAUGAUUACUCUGUCCAGGUCAAUCUGAGUGAUUAUCUGGAUAUACUGUGUCCACACUAUCCUGCCGACCACCCGUCGAGCGGCCCUGUGGAGACUCUGGCUCUCUACCUGGUGGCUGAGGGCCAGUUCAGGGGCUGCGUGGAGACUAAAGAGGCCAUUAAGAGAUGGGAGUGUAACCAGCCGUACGCUCCCUAUGGCCCUGUCAGAUUCUCUGAAAAGAUCCAGCGCUUCACACCCUUCUCCCUGGGCUUUGAAUUCCUGCCCGGACACCAUUACUACUAUAGCUCACUGUCCACAGACGACGGACCCCCCCUCCCAUGUAUGAAACUACGAGUCACUGUGUGUUGUCCACCGACAACAGCUGGAUCAUCAAGACGAGAAGCCACAGAGAGACCAUCACACAGCAGUGCUGUCCAUCCGGUGACAGUCGGACGACUCUCUCUCCUCCUCAUCUUCCUCUUGUUGCCUUAUUUUCUCUAAUAUUUCUUUUUGAAACAUAAAACCUAAAAACAAGUGCUCUGUUGCGGCAGAUAUUCCUCCAUAGCCAGUUGCGUUACAGUAAAUGCUUGCUCUACUUCUGUGGAUUACACACACACAUAGACUCUCUCUCUCGUACUCCUUUUCUCUGUCAUUUUUGUCACGCUAUUAAUCCCCAUCCCUCCAUUUCCUUUCUGGUUGUCUCUCUCUCCGUCCACUCUCAGUGGCUCCUUACUCCUGUCUGCUCUGAUGAAAGUUCACUCUGUAACAGAGCGACACUAAUCUACCUUCAAAGAGCUUAUCUUACUGUUCAUUUUCUUUUAAUCCACCUGUCCUUGAGAGUCAGACAUUCCUUUACAAGCCCCUGCUCCCCCCGCCCCCUCCCUCUGUCCUACUGUACAACAAACUGAGCCAAAGAUGAGGAGGAUGAAGCUCCUCGGUCCUGCUGUUUGUACUACUGAGUGAAAGAUCAGGGACAGAGUGACCAUUCAAAGGUGUGAUCACUACCAUAUCCAAUGAUCAACAGCUUGAAAAAAAAUACUUUUUGUGCAUUUUUUACAUUUUUUCUCUUUGAAAAAAAAAAACAAUACAUUGAAACCAAAGCCAGACCACAGCAUUUAAAAAUUGUUUUGCUGUAUUGACUUUAUGCAACCCUGCAGAACUCUGGAAUUACCUGGAAUAUCCUGGAAUUUUUGUGUCUUGAAUUUCUUUAAAAAUGUAUUUGAAAUUUGUAAUUUGCAUGACUGAGUGACGGCCUGCAUGGACCACACAGGAAGAGAAGAAACUACUUCCUGUUCAUCACUUGUGGGGCAUGUAUGAUCAGGCACUUCUCAGUAUGGACUCCUCUGAUUGGUCUGCGUGUUUCUUAACUCUCUGUAAAGCAUAAAAGCAGUUUAAUAAGGCACUUAAUCAGGUUCAUAUACAACAUCAUCAUUUGUUUGUUUGUUUUCUCACAUAAUUGUUGUGGGUAUGUGAAUUCUAUGUAACGAAAGUGUUCAUUUUGUUUAACUUAAUGAGGGAAUAUGCAAAAUAUAU